AUGGGACAGAAACAGUCUGCGGAGCAUGGAUAUUUUGUAACUGCCUUACAGGCUCUUAUGAAGGAGAAGGGAAUUAAGGUUUCUCAGUCAGCCCUUAGGGAAUUUUUUGACAUGGUGCGCGAUUAUUGCCCAUGGUUUCCAGACGGGGGUACAGUUGAUUUAAAGGAUUGGCAGCGAGUUGGUCAGGAACUUAAGAAUCAAAUGAAGAUUCGUGGGGCUGCUGUUCCAGGGACUUUGUGGUCUACUUGGACCUGUAUUAAGGAGGUCCUUGAUCCUCAGGAUUCUAUUGAAAUAAUUUCUCUUAGCUCGGAAGUAGCCCAACCCCUAAUGACUUCAGAUGCUCCUCUCCCUCCAAAAACUACUUUCAAUGCUCUUUCGGGACAGUCACGGGUGCCUUCACCUUUAUCUCCUCUCCCCCUCCUAGAACAGUUAUCUGUACAGGAUCCAGAAAAUGAUGGCAACUCCCCUUUUGGGGAUCAGGGGGAUGAUGGGCCGUAUUUGGAAGACCAGAGGAAGCCUGCCUUCUUGGCCCCUCUGGUUCAGAAGGUACCUUUAAAAAGACCUUCUUCUCAGGCACAAGAUAGAGGCUUACCUCGGCUGGCUUUCCCUAUUACUCAGAAUCAACAGUCCACUGAACCUUACCCCGUUAUGGGAGCUACUCCUUUGCAGCGGACUCUGUACCAAGCGCAACAGCAUGGGGAAGACACCUCUGCCUUUCACGCUUACCCUGUUACUCAGCAGGGGGGACAGAGAGUGUACUCCGCCCUAAGUUUUAAGUUGCUGAAGGAUUUGAAAUCCUCUGCAGCCCAGUAUGGUCCAACAGCUCCCUUUACCCUGUCUAUGCUUGAUAAUUUGAGCAGGGAGGCGUUGUGCCCAGGAGAUUGGAAGGUCAUUGCUCAGGCUUGUUUGAGUGUGGGAGAUAACCUCUUGUGGAAAGCAGAAUUUGCAGAGAAUGCUGAAAAACAGGCUAUGUAUAAUAAAAGAACUAACAUACCAGUGGAUUUCAACAUGCUCACAGGUACAGGACAAUAUUAUGAUGUGGGCCUCCAACUGGAUUACCCUGAAAUCGCGUAUAAUCAAAUUAAUACCUGUGCCAUUGCAGCUUGGAAAAAACUCCCCUCCACAGGUGGCAGAACUGAGGAAUUGUCUAAAAUUAGGCAAGGGCCAGAUGAGAAGUACCAGGAUUUCGUUGGGCGCCUUUUGACUGCAGUCAGUCGUAUAGUUACUGAUGGGGAGGCAGGUACCAUUAUUGCAAAACAAUUGGCUUAUGAAAAUGCUAAUUCUGCAUGUCAGGCAGCCAUUCGUCCUUGGAAAAAUCAGGGUACCUUGGAGGAUUAUAUUAGACUAUGUGCUGACAUUGGACCAUCUUAUAUUCAGGGCAUUACCUUGGCAGCCGCCUUAAAGGGAAUGGACCCCUUACAGGUGCAUGCCCAGCUUCAGGGUAAAAACGUAAAAACUAAUCCAGGGAAGUUGGGUGGAAUAGUGUGUUUCAAAUGUGGCCAAAAGGGCCAUAUGAAGGCCCAAUGUCAUAGUAAAAAAAUAAUUCCAACUACCCCCAGUUUGCCCAGUGGCCCUAACAUUAAUAAUAAGCCGGCAACUAUUUGUCCCAGAUGUAGACGGGGGUAUCACUGGGUCAAUGAAUGCCGCUCUAAAACUGAUUGUAAUGGCAAUCCUCUUCAGGGAGACUGGAAGAGGGGCCAGCCGCAGGCCCCUCAAACAAUUGCGGCAAUGUUCCCACAGGCACCUUCUCACCCAUUGUGUUCAACACUGGAGACCUCCCAGGUAUCAGCCAGCUACACCGCGGUACCCCCGCCAGUGCAGGACUAG